GAUACUCCUUGGGAUUUUCUCGACAUCGACACGGCUACAGAUUUUCGUAGUCUUGUUAUGGAUUCCCUGGAUAAACUCAGCCUGCUCAAGAACGGGAAAAGCUUCAAGUUCCAUGUCGAGCAAUGCAAAAGUUUAUGCAGUUAUAUACUCGAUAAACUUUUCCGCUAUAUUGACUAUAAUAGGCAAUGCCUGGGUAGUGACGUUUGGAGCGAACAUGUGAAAAGAGCUUGGAAGGAGAUAUAUCGUGCCAUGAAAGAAGCCGAAACAUAACUCAAUCAAUGCUCAACCGAUAGCUGUUCGAUGAAUUGUUUUAUACUGGUUAACACGGGUGAGGUCUUCGCCCUGCACAUGCACGACCUUGCUUGGUCUCUUCUUUGCUUAGAUUUAGCUCUUCUGUGCCCCAUUGAAGAAUGGAAUGAUACAUUCUACCUAGGAGAAUUCCGCGACAAAAUCGGUAACUUCUUUGCAGAAAUGUCUGAUUUACAUUUAGAACAAUUUGGCUUUAGGUUUCAAGACUACUGGCUCCAACUCAUGGCUUGUAAUCAAACGGCUGCCAAGGCUUGGAAUUUUAAACAAAAAAAUAAAAUUGGGGUUUUACAAUUCAUGGAGAGGAAGCUGUCAAAAACCAUCAGGACUGAGUGUAAAGUUGAAUCUACAACUGAUAUAUCUACUGGGCCGCAGAUCCGUGCCAAAGAUUUAACCAAAAAGAAAAGUAUAGGAGAGGGAUCUUUUGGGAAAGUGUACGAGGGGUCAUGGCUAGGGCAUAGGGUUGCUAUAAAAGACAUUCCAAUAGAUGCUCGUGAUCUGUUUGACACGGAGACUAAAGUUCUUGCCAAGCUAGAGAGCCCUUUCAUUGUCCAGUUGAUAGGCACAUGUAUUGAGGGAAGUCUUUGCUAUAUUGUUAUGGAAUUGGUCAGCUCCAGCUUGGACAAACUACUUACUAAUUCUGGAGGCAGAGCACCCGUGGCGCUCCCUGUUGCAGUGGAUAUGAUGCUUCAAAUUUCGAGGGGAAUGGAAUACCUUCACCGCCAGGGGAUCAUGCACAUGGAUCUGAAAGCUUCUAAUGUUCUCAUACAGCCCUCUGAAGUUCCAGAAUUCAGAGAGCAAGGCUAUGGGCGAGUUAAGCUGUGCGACUUUGGAAUGGCAAGUUUGAGGCUAUCCAAUUUUCGGUGUGAAGAUCCAAAGGGAACAUGUUACUGGAGGGCGCCUGAAGUUUUUCCCUUCCCAAAUUUACCGCUCCAAGAAAUUGAUACUCUAGAGAAGUAUACCUAUAAAGCAGAUGUAUACAGCUUUGCUAUGACUUGGUAUGAGAUUUUGACAGGGAAGCAGCCUUUCCUUAGUGUACAUCCCAAAGAUUUGUACCGAAUGAUUGUGGGAGCAAAAGACCGAUUUUGCAGCGGACCUCAUGUCCAGCUGUGUUAGCUGAUUUCAUAGCAGAGUGUUGGGAGACAGAUCCAAGUCGUCGUCCUUGUUUUUCACAAGCUUUUACUUUUAUGAGGAACAUGAAGUUAUUCCUGCUGGGAUGGAACGAUCCUCGUGACGCCUUUUUAGAACUUGUGAGAUCGAAGGACAAAGCAUUGGAUGAAAGUCCUGCAGACGAGAAACUAAAGUCGAUAAAUAGGGUUCUUGACAUUGUUCCCCCUGAGAUAAAAAAAGGUAGAACAGAAACCUUGUUGUGGGAUAGGCGAAAAGAGAUAGCGAUGGAUGUGGCUUCGGGCUUGGCGUUUCUUCAUUACUCAGGUAUAGCACACGGCAAUGUAAAAUCUUCUAACGUUCUGCUGGACCACAACGGAAGAGCCUUCCUAAAGGAUUCUUGUUUGGCGGAUAUUGUGAAAAUAUCAAAUCCUUUUUUUUCCGGGGAAUGUGAAACACCCAAGUGUAAUCUGGCGAUACAUGGCACCGGAGCAUUACUACAGCGGAGAAGCGUCUGAAAAAUCAGACGUGUUUGGUUUUGGAAUGCUACUCCUUGAACUUCUCACCGGGAAGGACCCAAUCAAGGCUAGCACACAUCUUCCCAAGUUGAUUUUCUCCAUUGACGAUGAAAGGUGGGCGAUGGAAAUGUUGGAUGAGAGGCUGGGGAGGAGUUAUAUAGACAUCUCAAACAUGUGGGCAAUGUAUGGGAUAGCAGAGAAAUGUACUUCUUUCCUUGCAUUUACCCGUCCUAAGAUGAGUGAAGUUGUCGAAAUGAUUGCAAAUUUGGUGGGCUCAUGUGAGAAUGAGAGUGAAGAAUGUGACGUUCCAUGAGAAUUGGGCAGUGGUGGUAUGAAACCUUGUCCAACAAACUUAUAUAGUCCACAAGAGUAUAUGUAGGCUUUGGUCAACAUUUGGUAGUGAAAUGCAAGUCAUUGAGGAAGUGAAAAUAAUUUUCAAAAUUUUAUAAUGCAAGGAAAGAGCAUAUAUG